AUGGAUGAUGAACUUAACGUAACAUAUAUAACUCUUGGUGGGCAUGUGGAAGUGCACACAUACAGAUAUCUUUAUUUUUUUAUCAUGUUUAUAGCAUAUAUUCUAAUAAUCUUAUUUAAUUUCACUAUUGUGUACCUUAUCUGGAUACACGAAAACCUCCAUGAGCCUAUGUACGUUUUUAUUGCGGCUUUGCUACUGAACUCUGUUGCUUUCAGCACUGCUAUGUACCCAAAGUUGUUAAUCGACUAUUUAUCUGAAAAACAGAUCAUAUCAUAUUCAGCCUGUCUUUUUCAGUUUUUCCUAUGCUACACCUUAUGUGGUACAGAGUUCUUACUGUUGUCAGCCAUGUCUUAUGACAGAUAUGUUUCUAUAUGUAAACCUCUGCAAUAUCCAACUAUCAUGAGAAAAAACACUGUGAGUAUUUUCCUGGUUUUAGCUUGGCUUCUGCCGGCUUGUCAGACUUCAGUCCCAGUAAUAAUGAGCGCUGAUAUGAAACUGUGCAAUUUAACUUUAGAGGGAAUUUUUUGUAACAAUGCAAUUUACAGUCUCCACUGUGUGACUACAAAAGUACGGACUAUAUACGGCUAUGUUGCUCUGCUAAUUUUUGCGGUUUUCCCUGUGCUCUUCAUACUUUUUACUUACACCAGGAUACUUAUAAUAACAUAUCGAAGUUGUAGAGAAGUCAGGAAAAAAGCAGCAGAGACCUGUUUACCUCACCUGUUGGUUUUAAUCAGCUUUUCCUGUUUGUGUGCAUAUGAUGUUGUGAUAGUUCGACUGGGAUCUAAUUUUCCAAAAAUUGUGAAUUUCAUAAUGACUUUACAAACCGUUUUGUAUCAUCCUCUCUUUAAUCCAAUUAUAUACGGACUAAAAAUGAAAGAAAUCUCUAAACACCUGAAGAGGUUGUUCUGUCAAGCCAAACUGGUCUAA